CACAUGCAAACAAAAGAAUGGAUAAAAGAUGGAGUCUUCAAGGUAUGACUGCUCUUGUGACCGGUGGAGCCAGCGGAAUCGGGUAUGCCAUAGUAGAAGAGUUAGCUAGUUUUGGAGCUAGAAUCCAUGUAUGUGAUAUAUCUGAAACUCUGCUUCAUCAAAGUUUAAGCGAAUGGGAAAAGAAAGGGUUUCAAGUGAGUGGUUCAAUCUGUGAUGUAACCUCUCGUCCCGAGAGAGAAACUUUGAUGCAAAAAGUCUCCUCACUGUUCGAUGGCAAACUCAACAUUCUUGUGAACAAUGUGGGCGUACUACACGGAAAGCCAACAACAGAAUAUGUGGCAGAAGAUUUCGCUUUGCACAUCUCAACAAACUUGGAGGCUUCUUACCAUUUUUGCCAGCUUUCACAUCCUCUCCUAAAGGCUUCAGGCUAUGGAAGCAUCGUCUUCAUGUCUUCUGUUGCAGGGAUUGUAUCAAUUGACUGUGGAUCUAUUUAUGGUCUUACCAAAGGAGCUCUGAAUCAGCUAGCUAGAAAUUUGGCUUGUGAAUGGGCAAAAGACGGAAUAAGAGCCAACGCUGUUGCACCUAAUGUUGUCAAGACUCGACAGUCUCAAUCUUUUCUUGAGGACGUCAGUUUCAAGGAAGGAUUGUUUGGUAGAACUCCACUUGGUCGCGCUGGAGAGCUAAAUGAAGUUGCAUCACUAGUGGUCUUCUUGUGUCUACCUGCUGCUUCUUACAUUACUGGUCAAACUAUUUGUGUUGAUGGAGGUCUCACUGUUAAUGGCUUCUCCUAUCAGCCACAUGCUUGAGUCAGAUCUUCUUUAUGUGUGGACAGACUCAUUAUUUUUUGUUUAUUUUCGGCCUUGUUAACAGUUGGGAAGAAGAAACUAUUUAUUUAGGUAAGACUAGAAUCAGAGGAAUAUGUGUUUGCAUAUUGUUUUGCUCUGUUUUGUGUUUUCUGAUGUAUUCCAAAUGGACCAAAUCCGAUGACUCUAAAACAUGUCCUACUAUUUCGGAUACUA